AUGUUGUUAAUGUUUACUUUUUUUCUUAUAAUGAAAAAAUUUAAAGUGCUAUUUUUUUUUAGUUACUUAUUAAUUGUUAACUUAUUAAUUCCAUGUUUAACAUCAGAACCUGAAAAUUAUCAUAACAUUCCUAAUGUUCCUCUAGAGAGUAAUAGCCAUCUCGUAAGAACUCAUUCAAACAGUGAUAGCUUUGUUAUUCCCACAAAAUUCGUUGAUUUAACCUAUGAUUUAUUGCAUCACAUUUUACAUAUAUUUUAUAAUUCCAUCAAUGUAGAAAGGCAAGAGAUGAUAAAAGGAAUAAAGUCAAUAUUACAUUUAGUUCAUAAUUUUCUAAAUAGUAGGAAGGAAGAACUUUCAAAAUGUUCAAUACGGCUUAUGACAAAGUUCACUAGUAAUGAAUUACGCCGCAUUCAUAAUAAAACACCAGCAGAAAAAGGUAUUGAGAAGGAUUGUCUUAAAGAACAUAUGAAUUAUUGGUCUAAAAUUAAAUUUGAUUAUAAUAAUAUGAUUGAAAAAAUGCAUCAACAAUGGCAAUCAGGAGGUAAAUCUAAAAAUAAGAGUUCUAAAUGGAAAAAAGUCAAGUGGGAAGAAUGGCAUAAUUAUUUUCAUAAAUAUUUAAUAAGAGAAGGUAAAAGGAGUCGUUUGGAUUUCGUAUGCAUGAUGCAGAAUGGAUGUAACUAUACGAAUGUUAAAUAUCAUUAUGAAAAAAUAAUAUCCCUUUGGGAUGAAGACAUGAAAAGUAUGUGGACGAAAUGGAAUUCUUUUCUAGAUAAUGCCUUGAAAAAUUAA